AAGUACCUGCGGACCUUUAACAAAGCAGGAAGUGUGUCCUAAUGACAGUUAGCCGUCAUGGCGCUUGAAGUUAAAUCCAGAUCUAAACGAUACGAGAAACUGGAUUUCCUCGGAGAGGGUCAGUUUGCCACAGUGUACAAAGCCAGAGACAAAACGACUGACACCAUAGUUGCCAUUAAAAAGAUUAAGGUUGGCCACAGAACUGAGGCUAAAGAUGGUAUUAACAGGACUGCUCUCCGAGAGAUCAAACUGCUGCAAGAACUGCAUCAUCCAAAUAUAAUUGGGCUGCUGGAUGCCUUUGGACACAAAUCUAACAUCAGCCUGGUGUUUGAUUUCAUGGAAACAGAUCUGGAGGUGAUCAUCAAAGACACCAGCCUAGUCCUGACUCCAGCUAAUAUCAAAGCCUACAUCCUUAUGACUCUGCAGGGAUUAGAGUAUAUGCAUCAACACUGGGUUCUACACAGGGAUCUGAAGCCCAAUAAUCUGCUGUUAGACGGCAACGGAGUGUUGAAGUUGGCUGAUUUCGGUUUGGCCAAAGCGUUCGGUAGCCCCAACAGAGUCUACACACACCAAGUUGUUACACGGUGGUACCGCUCUCCUGAGCUCCUGUUUGGUGCCAGGAUGUACGGUGUGGGUGUCGACAUGUGGGCAGUGGGAUGUAUCUUGGCAGAGUUACUCCUUCGGAUACCUUUCCUUGCUGGAGACUCUGAUCUUGACCAGCUGACUAAGAUCUUUGAGGCUCUCGGGACGCCCACAGAAGAGACGUGGCCUGGGGUGAGUAGUCUGCCAGACUAUGUGGCCUUCAAAGUAUUUCCUGGCACACCUCUGGAACAUAUAUUUAGUGCAGCGGGAGACGACUUACUAGAGCUGCUACAAGGCCUCUUCACCUUUAACCCCUUGACAAGGACCACAGCUGCACAGGCCCUGAAGAUGAGGUACUUCAGUAAUCGACCUGGUCCCACUCCGGGUCCCCAACUUCCCCGACCCAACUGUUCAGUCGAGGCUCUGAGGGAGAAGGAAACAGGCGGACUCAAGAGGAAAAUCGAGGGCCUGGACACAACUGUGAUGAUGAAGAAGAAGCUAAUUUUCUGACGAGAUGGGACCUGGUAAAUCGGAUGAUCACCAUCUUCACCCCCGCAUGGCUCAGCUUUCCCGUGUUGCUCAGGAUUAUCCACUGGAAUGGAGAGAAAAAAAAAGUCAAAACCAGUGAAGAGGGGCGGGUGUCUCGGAUGUGCUUGACUUCAGGACAUUUUAGGGAUUGUAGCUGUUAGGUCAUUUGAGAAAUACACUUGAAGUAUUCAAGAUGCUGCUGUUCUCAGAAUCCCAUUGAAUGAUGUACAACACAGACUGUCUGGUCAGUAGUGUUGGCUCUGAUCUUUCUUCAUUUCAAUGAUGCCUAAGCUCUGGGAGCCUGUUGAAAUCUGUCUAUUUAUGUGACUGUUGAGAACAACCAAACUAGCAAACCUGAUAAAUUUCAUGUAUAUGUAUUUUUUAUGUUUUGUAGGUAAAACCAAUAAAUGGUGCAUAUGCAGA